GUCAAUAAGCUAAAUCUGCUUACUGCAUGAGACAUUCUAAAAACUAGCGUUUGACACAUCAUCGUCAUAGGAGCUGAUGGAAAUGACCGCAUAUCAGACAGUCUGGAGAUCUAGAUGGACAACCAGAACAACCUCCAGGAAUGGAACAUUCGUCCGGAACAGAGGGGCGGAGGCGACGGGAGCAAGUGGAACUACGCUCUAUUGGUUCCGCUGCUGGGGCUCGCGGCCUUUCGGUGGAUAUGGUCCAGGGAGUCCCAGAAGGAGGUCCAGGAGGUGAAAGUCCAGUAUGACCAGAACAUGGCCGCCGUCCGGGCCGAGCUGGAGAAGAAGUACAGAGCGACGUUGAAGGAGACCCGGAAAGAAACGGUCCAGCUGGAGCUGGAGCUGGACAGGGAGAAGAACAGAGCACAGGGCUACCGCCAGGCCAUGGCCUCCCAGAACCAGCAGCUCCGGGAGACCCGACAGAGGCUGAGGGAGGACAGGGAGGCCCUGACCCAGGAGAGGAGCCACCUACAGCGGGCAGGAGCGGCCGGGGCUGCCCUCCACGCCGCCCUGCAGAGGGAGGAGGACAGCCGCUGGCACUGGGCGGCCCAGACCGCCCUGGGGGAGCUGGAGGAGGGACUGGUGGCGCGGCAGGAGGCCUUCUGCAGCCUGCUGGUCCCCCGGCAGAAGAGGCUGGAGAAGGAGAAGGAGAUUGUGGAUAGGGUGGAGAGGGAGAGAGGGGUUCUGGCCGGGCUGGACAUGGAGGCAGGACUGAGGGAUAUCUUUAAGAAGGACCGGUUCUGUGCCCCGGUUCUGAACUUGGACCGGAGGAAGAACGGGAGCCUGAUGUGGGCCUACCUGAGGUUCUGGAGGCUCCAGGUGGGCCUGGAGAAACACAGGCGGGCGGAGGAGGUUUUGCUGGGCCCAACACCACCAGGGAGAACCUAACUUAUGGAAUUUCAAUAAAGCGGUUUAUUCAUCAUUCAUCAUUCCAUGAGAUGUAUCAUUUAAAUUUUGUAUUAAAGAUGUUUUUGAUCCCAUCACGGAAAUAUUUCUUUUCAAUUUUUCAUUUUCAUUAAAAAAUGUAUUUAAUUAAUUCAUACCCAUGGCAAAAUGAAUUGCAAACGGAAUGUUUAUUUAUCAUUUGAAGUUUGUUCGGAAAAUACUUCCAUAGUUGUACAUACUGCAUGCACUAUUUGUAUGUCUCUUUGGAUGAAAGUAUCUGCUUAAUUAAUCAAAUAUCAUAUUGUUUAAGCGAGAUAUUAUAGAACAACCCUG